AUGCUUCCUUUCAGAUCUUCGACAAUCGCGUCGCGGGUGUCGCUGCAGACCCAACAUCUCAGGAGUGCUUCGCGCCCAGCCCAGCCUUUCACCCCCUCGGUUCUACUCCGUCAACUGAGUAGCUCACGCAGUUUUCGAGGACCAUACGACUUUAACGCUCCAGAAUCCCGACCACUGGAAGGUGUUACAGUCGUAGCACUCGAGCAAGUGAUCUCGGGUCCCUACUGCACGCGUCAACUCGCAGAUCUCGGCGCGAGAGUAAUCAAGAUUGAACGGCCUGGGACUGGUGAUUUCGUCCGAUACCAUGACAAACGCGUCAAUGGGCAGUGCUCACAUUUCAUUUGGACAAAUCGUAACAAGGAAAGCCUGGCGCUCGACGUGAAAAAGCCGGACGAUAUUGCCAUCCUGAAGAAGCUUCUUAAGACUGCCGACGUUUUCGUUGCCAACCUUGUACCUGGGGCCACAGAGCGACUAGGGCUGGGGUACGAGACUCUCAAGGAGGUCAACGAGAGGCUCAUCUUCUGUGAGAUCUCCGGCUAUGGUAGCGAUGGACCAUACAAGAAGAAGAAGGCGUACGAUCUGCUAGUCCAGAGCGAGGCUGGGUUGCUCUCGAUCACUGGAACGCCCAACGACGUUUCGAAGGUUGGCGCAUCAAUUGCAGAUAUCGCUGCUGGCAUGUACGCGUACAGUAGCAUCAUGGCCGCGUUGCUGCAACGCGCAAAGACUGGCAAAGGCUGCAAGCUUGACGUCAGCAUGCUUGAGAGUAUGGUCGAAUGGAUGGGAUUCCCGAUGUACUACGCCUACGGAAAGCAGCCGCCACCUCAGCGAGCGGGAGCCAGCCACGCCUCGAUCUAUCCCUACGGGCCAUUCGAGGCUCGUGACGGCACCGUCAUGCUAGGCAUCCAGAACGAGCGCGAGUGGGUCAUUCUCUGCGAAAAGGUACUUGGCCUCCCCGAGCUAGCCAAAGAGGAGAGAUUCAAAGACACGGACUCCCGAUCGAAUAACCGCAAGGAACUAUAUCCUAUCAUCUGCGGGGCGCUCUCAAAAUACACCGCCGGUGAGGCAGUAGCAAAGCUCGAAGAGGCUGGCAUCGCCAACGCCAACCUCAACGACAUGGAGGCUGUCUGGAACCACCCGCAGUUGCAUGCCCGGCGCCGUUUCCGCAAGAUCGAGUCCGAGGCCGGCACGAUCAAGACAAUGAUUCCUCCCGGCAUGUCCGCUGAAGUUGAGCCCCGUCUCGACCCCAUCCCAUCCAUUGGACAACACAACGAGAAGAUUCUUGCAGAGCUCAAUGCGCAAGACUAA